GCCACCUCUUCUCUCGUCUUGGCACGCGAACCACGUCAGGGUCUGUCCUCUCUCUGCUGUAGAACUUGCGCGAGUAUUGUCGGAGUGCCUGAUGGACAAAACAUGCCUUCAGAAGUGUAGCUUAGCUGCUUGGAACUCAUGGAGAGGGCGGAAUCGUGGAUACCGUGGAUGACACACAUGGUUUCCGGGGCGGCUUCUCGAGCGACGCGGGAGACCAGCGGGAGCACAACAGCUGUUGCGCAUCGAUGUGAAGCGCUGCGUACAAGGUAUUCGAGCAAAUGCCGCCAACGUCCUUGGUGUUAUCUUCCAACUCGGAAACCGAAGCACAUGGUGGGCUCAGCCAACGCCGGACGCGACUUCGUCCUCUUUCCCCGUUUCGAGGUGACCCGAGACAGGUAAAAGAAGUAUUUGAUCAAAUAAGAUGGACGAUUGAGGUUAGGAGAAGUGACACGAAUGGUUUUGACCCUAAAACUAGGACGAAGGUUGACACAAUUUGCUUCUCUAAUGGAAUGCUCGUGAAGGCCGUCAGGAAAUCGAAUCGGACCGGAUCUUAAAUGGAACCACAUUAAACCGGUUCAGCCGGCUCGCUUUCUUCGUUGCGCAACAAAUUAAUUAUAACUUAAAAAAAACGAAAAUUGGAAUGUGUCCCCAUUUCAACUAACUCGACGCAUCCUGUUCGUUGGAUCUCCUAAUCCCGCGAUCCCAAGCUUGCCUUCAUUCUCCUCUGCCCGCGGGGAUACACGUCCCUGCCACCGUCCCAUUAGGGUUUCUUUCCUGCUCGUAGUCUCAACCAUUGAUCGAUAAGUACGCCGGGGACCUCGCCAGUGCCGUGCCUGGAUCGGAUCCUCGAUGAUGUCGGCAGGCUUUCGGCAUAUGCGCCGUUGACGGCUCCGCGUUCCUCUUCGUCAAGGAUUUCUGCGUCUUCCGCAACGUCGAGCUCCUCGCUGGAUGCUGUCCGCACUCGCAUUGGCGUCAGAUUCGCCGUACGAGUUGGCAUCUUCUCCUUCGACUGAUCGGAUCUUUCAGCGCCCCUUAGGACCUCCGGUUGUCGGUGGUGAAUCCCGCUGCGGUGGUGCCAAGGGAUCCCGACAAUCGGCUACCGCUGUUGGAUUCAGGAGUUCCUUCAUGGUUGGGAGGAAAUCUUGGAAAGAAUCAGGAGGAUGAAACGAGUGAAUGUAGAGGCAGCAAGACGGAGAACUUGCUGAGUUCUCGAUUCACCACCGAUCCCUACAUCCGGAUAUAAAUGAAGUAUCAAUUCAGAUAUGGCUUCGUGGCAGGUCGUAAGAACUUCCAUUUGGUUUCUUCUGCUUCGGCUUUUAAGAGCACUUGAGCUUAGCCACCACCUUUUCGGCUUCAGUUGUCAGUGAGUGAGAAACUACUGUGUGGAUCGGCAAUCCGUCCGGCAUCCAAAUACCCCGCAAUACAUGGAUUGGUUACUACGUAUGUGCUUCUAUCUACGGUGUCCACCCCCAAGGAAUAAUAAAUAAAUACUAUAUGAAGGGCAUCUCGAGUUCACAGGAUCUAUUCGUUCUCCGUUCCUCAUCUCUAGCGGUGCCCUCUUUUUGCUCGCUUUCCUAGAACCAUCGAGGAGGCGACUGCGAGGGAACAGAGUGACUGAACUAAAAAAGCUCUCAGCGUAAGAGAGGGAGACUGUGCAUGAAGCGGUGCCAGCAGCCACAAAGGUUAUGCUUCUUCUUAAACGACUUGCAUGCGUUACUAGAACUGUAGUUUAGUGGAGCGGUUAGCAGUCGUUGCACUCUCAUGGAGCGUUGGAGGGAAGCAGAAGGUAAAACGCUCCACGAUCCCUUGUUCCAUCUCUGCCCCCCCCUUGCCUUCCAUCAACCGAGCGAUGGCUUCCAUGAGGUGGCGACCAGAGAUGAAGCCGAGCGCAGCAUCUGGGUUCCCGGGUCGAUCAUCGUUGGCGCUGGUCCGUCGGGUCUCGCGGUGGCCGCGUGCCUCGAGGCGAAGGGCGUCCCCAGCAUGAUCCUGGAGAGGUCCAACUGCAUCGCCUCUCUCUGGCAGCUCAAGACGUACGACCGCCUCCGUCUCCACCUGCCCAAGCGUUUCUGCCAGCUCCCCCUCGCCCCCUUCCCCGCCUGCUUCCCCACGUAUCCCACCAAGCAGCAGUUCGUGGCCUACCUCGAGGCCUACGCCCGGCGGUUCCACAUCCGCCCCUGCUUCAACCAGACGGUGGUGAGCGCCGAGUACGACGGCCGCGUCAAGCUAUGGCGAGUGCGGGCGGUCAGGGCCGGGAACGACAAGGCGGCCGAGUACGUCUCCCGGUGGCUGGUGGUCGCCUCCGGGGAGAAUGCUGAGGCGGCCGUGCCCGACAUCGAUGGCAUGUCGAUAUUUAAGGGCCCCAUCAUCCACACCAGCUCGUACAAGAGCGGCGAUGAGUUCCAAGGCAAGCGGGUCCUCGUGAUCGGUUGCGGCAAUUCCGGCAUGGAGGUCUGCUUGGACCUCUGCAAUCACAGUGUCCGUCCUCGCAUCGUCGUAAGAGAAUCGGUGCACAUCCUGCCGAGGGAGAUGCUGGGGCGGUCCACCUUUGGGCUCUGCAUGUGGCUCCUAAAGUGGCUCCCCAUGCGCACCGUGGACCGCAUCCUCUUGCUCGUCUCCAGGGUCAUGCUGGGCGACACCCAGCGAUACGGCCUCCGGCGGCCCCGGUUGGGUCCCCUCGAGCUCAAGUCGCUCUCCGGGAAGACGCCGGUCCUCGAUGUCGGGGCCCUGGCCAAGAUCAAGUCUGGCGACAUCAAGGUUUGCCCCGCCGUAAAGCGACUGACAGGGCAUGGAGCAGAGUUCGUGGAUGGCAGGUCCGAAGACUUCGAUGCGAUUAUCCUAGCGACCGGCUACAAGAGCAACGUGGCGUCUUGGCUGAAGGAGAGGGAGUUCUUCUCGGAUAAGGAUGGGUUUCCGAGGAAGGUGUUUCCCGAUAGCUGGAAGGGAGAGCAGGGCCUGUACGCGGUGGGGUUCACGCGACAGGGCUUGAUGGGGACUUCCGUGGACGCCAAGAGGAUAGCUCAUGACAUCAAACAGUGUUGGAUGGCCGAACCAAAGCAACGCAUGCUGCCAUCACAAACUUGAGCUCAAGAUUCUUCUUAUGUAAGAAGACGGGUCGUUUUGUCAUGUACAUAUCUGAUUCUGGUUGUGUUGACUGACAAGUGACAGAGAGAAUGAGAAAAAGAGGGAGACAGAGAUUGGAUUGCGAGUUUGUGUAGCGCUGAUGUGGUAGGUCUGGUUAGGCACCACCGAGGAAGUGCAUUUGAAGUUGAUUUCUUUGUUUCUUGCGA